AUGUCUCAAGAACAACAACCAUUGUCUGCUACCUACAACAAGUCGGACGCUCCAUACUAUAACAAAGAGGUGCCGUAUGUCAUCAAUAGUGAAGAAGGAGCCUUUGAAGAAAAUCCAGAACCUGAAUUUCAUGACCCUGUGGCCGAUAAGAGGUCUAUGUUGAUGUUUGCUAUUGGAUUUCUUGUUCCGAUACUACAUGUGGUCGGAUUGAUUAUGUACGGACGAUCAAAGAGUAAGAAGGCUAAGAAAUUUGCAGUGCUGAGUGGAUACAUGAUGAUAUUCACAUUUACUUUUUGGGUUUUAUUAAUUCAAUGGGUGAUUAUUCCAGUGGUGGCCAUGACCAGAAAGAAUUAG